AUGACAGUGCUACUGCCUCCGAUCAUCCUCAUUCCUGGGGUUGGUGGAUCAAAAUUGGACGCAGUAAAUAAGAAGAAUGACAAAGUAGAGCGGGUCUGGAUCUCGAAAGAUGUCCUGCCUGUGCCUCAGCUGGGGAAAAAAUUUGUGCAUUAUCUGUGGGGCCGGCCGGAUCCCGAGACGCAACUAUACACCAGUUAUACUGAAGAGUAUGCCGAAACGCGAAUAGUUGAUGGCCUAGAGGGAUGCUGGAGGCUUCUCGACCAUUGGGUUAUAAACACAGUCGAGCAACUUUUUAAGAACACAACUCUUGGGAAGUACUUCGUCACAAUUAUUGGACGACUUAUGCAGGACUAUGGGUACCAACCGAACAAGAAUCUUUUCGGCUUUUCCUACGACUGGCGCCAGCCUUUGUAUGCGGAGUGUAUCAAAGGAGAGCUGCACAAACUGAUUAUUCGUGUACGUGAGCUUAACAAUGGCAUGCCUGUUAACAUCAUUGCCCAUUCCCUUGGAGGACUGGUCGGCCGAACUUACUGCCAACUAACGCCGGAUUGGAUGACACACAUCAGGCGCUUUAUUACCAUCGCGACCCCUUUUGAUGGCAGUAGUAGCAUGACGCUGAACAGCUUCAUCAAUGGGUAUGCGCUCGACGUCCCAGGCAUGAAGCUUGUGGCAGCUAGAGGAAUUCAGGCAUCCUCUUCCGUGACCAUUUACCUAUCGAACUUGCCCCCUCAGUAUGAAGGAAAUGAUGUAUCUCAUAAUAGGCGUAAACCUUUGGCCUACCUUUCCAAUGGCUUGCCAUACUGUACUUAUUACUACAACAGCUGCAUAUAUCUCAAGAAAGUACACAAAGGCCUUAAACGGGCUAAACCCACCCACUACCGCCAAAGAACCUAUCUUGAGAAACCGCCGGGAUACCCUAUUGACGGCCACGAGCCCCUACACUCGCUCCUCUUUAACCCCCUACCGGCUUCCCUUAAUGAGGAAGGGCAGUACAAGUCGUCUCAGUUUGAUACGGAUACCUUAGUUCACGACGCAGAGAAAGACUCCAGACUACCCUGUAGUCUCAGGUCGCAUUCUACUUCUCCGAUCUCGACUAAGAGAAGCUCUAAGGUACUCAGCUCGUAUCGCCCCUCGUCCUCCGUAACCAAAGCAGGAAUCCAGCACAGGCGAAUGCACUCUGACACCGUAGAGAAGCUCAAGAUCACCCACCAAGAAUUGACGCCCAAGCGCUACUCUGAGAUCGUGCAAUCAGGAUUCGAUGACACUGAGGAUAAAUCCUAUCAAGCCAAGCUCUCUAUAGGGCGAGCAAUCCACUCUCGGAAUGGAUCUUUUAUCACGCUAAAACAAAACCUUGAUGUUCCAGAGCAGACCCCGAGCCACAGAAGGUCAGGCUCUUCAGCGUCGUCCGUUAGCCCAGGACCUAGUCACAUUGUGAAUUAUCACGAGCACAGCCAUCGAGCAGUAUCGCAAAGACAGUCGCGGAUGCUUAAUUUAUCAAAUAUCUAUAUCACAUUGGACUUUUCCAGAUAUGGAAACAACGUCCCUGAUAUAGGUGCCAUUCUAUUGGGUCGAUUCUUGAGCGACCCUACUCUUAUUGCCAACGAUAAGAAAAAGGAAGUGUAUCAGCUCCUUAUGAAGAACAUAGAACGCAAGGUAAUUGUCAAGACAGUAGGCAUUAAGAAGCCGCGUGCAAGUGGGAAGAGUCUAGACACCCUGCUUGUACCGAACUAUAAGAGCAAGAAGUCGAUGGCCGCUAUUGAGGAGAUUGUGAACACGAAGGGUACAUGGAGAUGGGAAGCCUACUCAAUGUGGCCGCACCUAGGACGGACAAAUGCGACGAGCAUGGCCGCACAUCCUUAUUUUACGUUUAACAGCGUUGGAUUCCCAGUGUUGAGGGAGGAUUGCCCCUACCGCAAUGAAGUCAUCUCUGGAGUCAUGCCCCACGGAAGCUCUUUCUCGCAGAACAGGGACCUGUAUCUGAUCGCGUCUGCCCAGGCCAUAUACAUAUCCACGAGGCACCUGACCGAGCCUCUGUACAGGAUGGUCCUCGUUGGAGACGAGGAAAAGAUGGUUAAAGGAAAGCAGUUAAACCUAGAAUAUGUCCCUCCGGACGAUCUACAUCUAAUCACUGACACGACCAUCUACAAGGCAGAUGCCAGCGGUGUGUAUAGCGCGCAAAACAAGGUCGCCGACAAGACAGACUCAAGUAACCGCGAAAAGACUUUGAAGAAAGGCAUCAAGAAGCACUCCCAUGGCAAGAAGAUGCGCACUGUUGUGUGCCAAACCCCUGCUCCGUGGGUUUUUCUGCUGGACAUUCUUGAGCAACCCUUGUACAAUUUGCUGCGGCAGGUAACCAAGGUGGGAACCCUAGAGGCAUAUCUCUUUCAGCCAUUCAAAGAAUACUGGAAGUCAGUUGCUCGGGCCAGAGUGAAGGCGCUUGAGUACAAUCUCCAAGAAGACAUCGGAUCAUCUCAGAUAAUGACCAGGAGCGAGUCCGUCUUUCCUAUGUUCACCAGUGUCUCCCUCCAGGACCAUAGUGCUCUCGAGCGAUCACUGACAGCCAGCAUACCCAGCAAUGCCCUCACGGGGGAUGCAGCCUAUAAGUUGGACCUUGUACCAGAGGCGCCAAACGGGGGCCUCACCAAUGCACCAAGUCCCGAAUCAACCACUCUGAGUAUUCCUAGAAGGCCUAAGCAAGCUUCUCCAGUUCGGCCAGAAAAGUAUCUCCGGAAAAGAAACGGCGACCCUCGGUGCAUCCCCAAGGAGCUCAUCGCCCAGUACCCCAUCCUGUCCUCGAUGAAGCCAUGCACAACGGACGACUUUAGAUUUAUCAGCAUAAAUGGGGGAAAUGUGCCUACACCCAUACACACGAUCUAUCCCAAGCCGAUAAGCACAUACGACGAGCUCCAGAGCCAGCUUCCUGUCUUCAUAAUGGGCAGAGGAGACGGGACGGUCCUUCUCUCGGGAGCGCUGAGCGACAACUUUGACGACGCGCUCGUCCACGACAGAGUGGUGAUCCCGGAUGCCACGCACGGCGGGCUGCUCCACGACGAGGCCGUCUUCUACCUGAUCUACAUGGGGCUCGGGCUCCCCCUGCAGCUCCCGCACACCCACGGCGAGCCGGAGCCGGAAGAGCGGGGCGCCGGGCCGGCGAACGGCCGAGCAGAGGUUGAGUGA